AUGGAAGAUAAUCAGCAACAAGAAGAAGUUUUAGACUAUGACGAGAUUGAUGAAAUAGAGGAUAAAGAAGCCCAAGCUGUAGAUGGUGAGCAAGGUGGUGAGAAUAAGCUCACUUAUUCUUCUAUUCACUCUACUUCUUUCAAAGACCAUAUGCUGAAGUAUGAACUCCAAAGAGCCCUCCAAGAUUGUGGAUUUGAGAAUCCAUCAGAAGUCCAGCAACAGUGUAUCCCAAAAGCUAAGAUGGGAGUUGAUGUAUUGUGCCAAGCCAAAUCAGGAAUGGGAAAGACAGCCGUCUUUGUUCUCACUGUUCUAGACCAGCUAGAUGAAAAGCCAGAGCCAGUUUCAUGCCUAGUAAUGGGUCAUACAAGAGAAUUAGCUUUCCAGAUCAAGAAAGAAUUUGAUAGAUUUACCAAGUAUUUCAAAAAUGUCACAUCUGAAGUAAUCUAUGGAGGUAUUCCCAAGAAGCAGCAUAUUAAAAUGCUCAAGGAGACCCCACCAACCGUUGUUGUCGGAACUCCAGGCAGAAUCCUUGAUCUUGCCAUGGGAGGCCACCUCAAACUAGACAAACUGAAGUAUUUUGUCCUUGAUGAGUGUGACAAAAUGCUUGAGGAAGUAGGAAUGAGAAGGGAUAUUCAAAAAAUCUUCGUAAAGACUCCUCACCAAAAGCAGGUAAUGAUGUUUUCAGCAACUAUGGACAAAGAUAUUAGGCCAAUUUGCAAGAAAUUCAUGCAGGAUCCUUUCGAAGUAUUCAUAGAUGAUGAAACUAAAUUGACCCUCCACGGUCUCCAGCAGUAUAUUGUUAAAUUAGAGGAGAAAGAUAAGAAUAGAAAGCUUCAUGACCUCCUCGAUGCCCUCCUAUUCAACCAAGUCAUCAUCUUUGUAAAUGGAGUUGAUAGAGCAAAGGCGCUAAACGGAGUCUUGCUUGAGAGCGGAUUCCCAUCCGUUUGUAUUCAUUCAAGAAUGGGACAAGAAGAGAGAAUCAGCAUUUAUAAGCAGUUUAAAGAUCUUGAAAAGAGAAUCAUGAUUUCGACUGAGAUUUUUGGUAGAGGAAUCGACUUCCAAGGAGUAAACAUCGUUAUUAACUAUGAUAUGCCCAAAGCCACAGAUGACUACCUCCACAGAGUAGGAAGAGCAGGUAGAUUUGGAACCAAAGGAGUUGCGAUCAGCUUCACAAAGGAUGAAGAGGAUGAAAAAGUCCUCACCGAUAUUCAGAGCAGAUUUGAGAUCAAAAUUGGUGAUCUCCCUGAGAAACUUGAGAUAUAGCUCAGUAUAUGCUAAUUGACUUGUAACAAAGUAGAAAUACUCACUGU